AUGAGCCACAAGGCGAAGAAUCUCUCAUACGAGAAGCCAGAGCCCUCGUUCCUCCGUAAAUUGAGAAAUCAAUAUGGAGAUGGCGGCGAAUACCACCGCAGCGCGCCGAAUCCGCGUCCUACCAAAGCAAAAUAUGUCGAAGACGAAGACGACGGACCUACUUAUGUUGACGAAGAAAGUAACGAAGUCAUCUCGAAAGACAGAUAUUUGGAGAUGGUAGAAGGGCCCAAGGAUGAAACCGCUGGUUCUGGGGAAAAAGGAGAAGAGGAUGGCCAGCCUGGGGCUACGAAGAAUAGCGCAGGUGAAGAUGAGGCCGAAGUGGGCAACCGACCUUCCAAGUCAAAGCAAAGCGUAGCAGAGAUUGGAGCCUCGAAAAAGAGGAAGCAAGGCAAGGUUGUAGGAGGCGGCGAUGGUCCCGAGGACUCCAAGACACCUCAGCCGCAGUCUGAUAAUGCGCCGAAGAGAAAGAAGAACACGAAGAAGAAGAUCAAACUCUCGUUUGACGAUGAAGAAUGA